AUGAAGAAUGAUAUCCUGGGUUUAAACUAUCCAGAAGAUAGUGAAGUGAAGGAUCCCCUGCCUCAGAUCGAGUUGAAGGCUGUGACAAGGAGAAAAGUUAAGACCAAGAGGAAGACCAGUGCCAACAGGUCCAUAGUUGAACAGAGCACUGAUACUGAUGCAGCUGAGAGAGAUUUUGUUGAUAAUCAGAAUGAUGAAGAAGAGGAUGAGGUGAAGAAGAAUCCUCUGCCUCAGAUGGAGCAGGAUGCCGUGAAGAGAAAUAAAGUCAAGACCAAGAGGACCAAGAGAAACAAAGUGGAGCAGAUCACUGAUGCAGUUCAGGGGACAUCUCACCAGGGACAAUCUAAUGAAAAGAUCCUAAGUGAAUGUGUCUCCAGGGCCUGUCAGACCAGGGCUCUUGACCUCCCACCAAUCGAUCCGGAUGCUUUCAACCCGAUUAUCAUCCGGUUUCUGGAAAAACUUACUGAGGAGCAAUGGAGGCAGUUAAGCAUUGGCAGGAUGGACCCUGUGAUGAGGGCAUUGCUUGCAGAGAUGUGCCUGCAGAUUGUGCGGUUUGUAUCUGAGGCCAUCCUGGAGGUCAUCAUCCCUGCAAUUUUCCGUUUUGUACGGAUAUACAGCCAUGUGUCUCCAGUAUCCGGCAAGUCUCUGACAGAAUCAGAGAGAUCCUCUAGCACAAACCUGAAGGUUCGCAAGAGAGGCAGCAGCAAAUCCUCAAGGUCUUGCACGGCCAAAUCAAGCUCCUCUCGUAAUGGGUCUCAGACAGUGUUGCCAAAUACUCAGGGAGAUGUGUACAAAGAAGGACAACAAGAAGAACCACUGCACUCCAACACCUUCCCAGAACCAGACCCCUGCCGUCAGUGAAACAGCAAUUGUCAAUGAUCAAGAAUCCUGCCGAACAGAGAGUGUGUGCUCCACCAUGAAGAAACCAGGGAAGCGUUCGCUCAUUUCCAGGAUGUUUUCAGCUAUAGGCAAAGCCUUGUCCAGUCCCUUUACUUCCUGCUAUAAAAAGAAGAGCACCUAAUCUAUAUUUCAAAAUAAAUAUUUGAAAUUAACAUAA